AAGGAGAGUGAAAUGAAGAAAAAGUUCAAAAUCACAGGAACAGAGGAAGCCAUGUAUCAGGCAAAAGUAACUGUGACAACUAAGGGCAGGAAGAACGACCUGCCGGUGAACAACGGUGACAUCGUCAGCAUCAUCCGAACCACCAACUGCCCCAAGGGAAAAUGGCUGGCUAGGGACAGCAACAACACCUAUGGAUAUAUCGCUGUGGAUCAUGUGGAGCUAGACAUCCAGGAGAUGUUGGAGCUGGGAAAGAAAGCUGCCAUCUCUUCCAAGAACAGCAACAAUGUUAGUGAGCCAGAGGUCGCAAGCAUGGGCAGCAGGACUUCAAACCAUUACCCACUAUCCACAGGCAGUUUUACAGACGACAGUGAAGAGUGGACAUGCGAUGAUGAUGAACCUCUCUCCCCCCGUGCGGAAACUGUAGAUCCACUGAGUCCACAGGGUCACAUUAGGACACACUCCAUGCCAGACAUGGGAAACCAUGAACUACCUAUAAACCACCAGCAUAGUCACAGUGACAUCAGCGCAGAGGGCCCCCAUAUGCAAGCAAGACAUGAAGCACUUCAGAAGUUGGCCACAUUUUUCCAUUCACCCAAACCAGCAGAACAGCCAACUGCCAGCAGCACUGAAGCAGAAACAAGUCCUGUGCAUGUGGAAGAGGCAGCUCACCCGCCUGCGAGUGAUCCAGCACCCGAAAUAGAUUCUGAACUUCCUGAUAUGCUCAUUUUACCUCCACCUGACCUGUAUGCUGACAUCAUCACUGCGGAGUAACCACCACGAAACAAGGGGGAAGAAACAGAUCUGACUUUCAUGAUGAUAUCCUCCACACUGUGGCAGUCAUGUAAUCUCUGUGACAACAACUUGACUAUCGCCUUAUUUCCCUGACGACUGCUGUUUUGGAUCAGAGAGUCAAAUUACAUAAGAGUGGAGAUUUUUCAACAAGCUACAAACCUGCCCCAGCUGAAACUGGAACUGUCAAUGUUAAGCGAGCGUCGCUGGCAGUUUGGAGCCAGGACGGGACAAUUUGGCUGGUGGCACUGACUUUGAGCACUGAUCCAAGGUGAACAGCUGAUCCCAGGACAAGAGUGACAAAGCUUAUUGCAGACACACACAAACCUCCAUGGGUACUUGCAGAAUACUCCCUGACAACACAACUAGGCUCUUUUUAUGCCUGUAAAAACAGUUAUGUGAUCAUUAGGUCUGCUGACAGCAACCAUACUGAAAUAUAUGAACACACUAUAUGCCCCUAUACCAGAGAAAUGUUAUCUUAUAUGCUACAUAUACUGUAUAUUCAUAUGAGAACCAAAUAUGCAUGAUCCUCCCCUGGGUACUGUGAUAUAUGUGAUGUUAUAUGUUAUGUGUGAUAUAUGUUAUGUUGAACACAUACAGUAUGCGUAACAUAUAUAUGUACCUGAAAACAACAUAUUGUCCUUAUAUAAUCAAAUAUGUGCACACAUACAUGAUCAGAAUAAGAAUAUAACAGUAUAUUUUUAAAUAUGUCAGAUAUAUAUGUAUGUUCCUCGAUAAACAUGUGCCAAAUUGGAAUACAUUCUAUAUAUAGGUAUUUAAUAUGGACGUACAUGCCAUAACCCCCCUAUUACAUUUCCUAUGGGCACAGACUGACAAAUAUGUAUGAGUCAGCAUAGCUAAUACAUCACCAAAGGACAGGAUAGACUUUUAGGUUUGGACACCAGCAAUUUUUUUUAAUUUGUUUUGUUUUGGGUUCUGUUAAACCUGAUGAGUUCAUUUGUAGGACUGUGCACACUAAAAACUAGAUGCAUGACCGCCUUCCACAUCAUCCUGAUAUCCUGUUUUAUAUUGUUUUUUUGUAUGUGAACACCUUUUUCUACAUUGUAACUGGAUUACCCUCAUUAUUUUUAGAGUUUGUAGUUAGAUGAGGUAUUAUGGAACUGCUUAUUCUAACCACUUAUGUGAAAGUCUUUAAAAAUUAUGAAUAGAUUUCUAAGAUAUUAAGUAUAGUUAAUAUAAUAAUCUCAGAUAGUUUACCAUUUAGCAACCAUGAGCAGGGUAAUCUAAAAUAGCACAUCAUUAUGCUGGCAUAUUACUCUGCAUUGGUCAAGGUUGCACCCUCUAUAGUGAAGCAUAGCCAUAAAACUUUGUUUCCUUUGCUUUUUAUAGAGCCAUUGACUGGCAGGUGUUGCUUUUAUGUGCUUCCAGUCUCUCAAGACCUGUGAAGAACUUUCCCUGAAGCUGAUGAAUAAUAAGUAUUAUAGAAAGGAAACAAGGAAGCGAUUAUCGCCUCAGGUCAUAGUCAUGUAAAAUAUUGACAUCUAUGGGUGCAAUUUGUCUGGAAUAAAAAUGCAGACAGU